AUGGAUAAUAGUAUAUUUUAUAGUCUUGGAAAUGGAAUUAAAUUUAAUAAAAAUAAAUAUAAAAAAGAAAUUGGAAUUUUCAAUGGUAUAACAUCUCAUGAAUUAGAUAAACAAACUAAAACCAAUAAUAAAGUUCACUUUUUUAAAAAUACAACACCAUCAACACCUGUAAUUUCAAAAAAAGAUAAUAUAAAACAAAAAAAAGAAGAAGAAGAAGAUAAUGAUAAUGAUAAUGAAGAAUCAAAAGAAGAUGAUGAUUUUGUAGAAGAUGAUGAUAAUGAUGAUGAUGAUGAUGAUGAUGAUGAGGAUGAAGAAAAUGAAGAACCAAAAGAAAAAGAAUUUAUAAAACAUCAAGUCAAUAAUGAUGAGGAAGAAGAAGAUAUUACAUUAUUUAAUAAAUCAAAUGAAAAUGAAAAUUCAGAUGAUUCAGAUGAUUCAGAUGAUUCUGGAAAAAAUAAAAAUAAAAAUAAAAAUAAAAAAGUUUCAAAAGAAACACAAGAGGAUAAACAUAAAAGAGAGAUUGCAACAUUUAGAAAUAAACAUAGAAUUAAAGUUGAUGGUACAGAUAUACCAGAUCCAAUGACAGAAUUUUCACAAUUAGAGAAUAGAUUCAAAGUUAGAAAAUAUCUUUUAAAUAAUAUUAAUGAGAUUGGUUAUAAAGAACCAUCACCAAUUCAAAUGCAAGUUAUACCAAUUCUUUUAAAAGAAAGAGAAGUCGUUGCAAUUGCACCAACUGGUUCUGGUAAAACUGCAUCUUUCUCCAUUCCAAUACUUCAAGCAUUAUAUGAACCAAAAAAGGAGGGUUUUCGUUCAGUUAUCAUUGCACCAACUCGUGAACUUGCUCAACAAAUUUAUCGUAAUUUUAGAUUACUCUCUAAAGGUAAACCAUUUAGAAUUUGUGUUUUAUCUAAAAAUUUACAUAAUCAAUCAACAAAUGAAAAUUUAAUUAAAAAUUAUGAUAUUUUAAUUACAACACCAUUAAGAUUAGUUUAUUUAAUUAAAGAAAAUUUAUUAUCAUUAAAUAAAGUUGAAUAUUUAGUAUUUGAUGAAGCAGAUAAAUUAUUUGAUAAGAAUUUCCAAGAACAAGUUGAUAUUGUUGUAACAGCAUGUCAAAAUCCAAAAUUAAAGAUUUGUUUAUUCAGUGCCACUAUGAAUCAACAAGUUGAGGAAUUGGGUCAUUCAAUUAUGAAAAAUCCAAUAAAGAUUAUAAUUGGUGAACAAAAUGCUGCAGCAAUUACAGUUGAUCAAAAAUUAAUUUAUGUUGGUAAAGAGGAGGGAAAGUUAUUGGCAGUUAGACAAUUGAUUCAAAAAGGUUUAGAACCACCCAUUUUAAUAUUCACUCAAUCUAAAGAGAGAGCACAUGAUUUAUUCCAAGAGUUGAUUUUCGAUGGUAUCAAUGUUGAUGUAAUUCAUUCAGAGAGAACUCAAUUCCAAAGAGACACAAUCGUAAAGAAAUUCCGUAUGGGUAAGAUUUGGGUACUAAUUUGCACAGAGUUGAUGGCAAGAGGUAUGGAUUUCAAAGGUGUCAAUUUCGUUAUUAAUUUCGAUUUCCCUCAUACCCUCGCUUCAUACAUUCACAGAAUUGGUAGAACUGGUCGUGCUGGUAGACCUGGUGUAGCAUAUACCCUCUACACCGAUGCCGAUACUCCAAUGUUACCAACCAUCGUUCAUGCUAUGAAACAAUCUGGUUCUCAUGUUCCAGAUUGGAUGUUAAAUCUAAAAGUUCAAGGUAAAAAGAAACAACAAUAUAGAUUAAAAGGUGUUGAAAGGGAAUCAUUUUCAACGAUUCCCCUUAGUGAAAGAACUUCUUCAAAAUUCAAACUUAGAAAAAAUAAAAAAUCUUUCAAUUUACCUGGUGAUCAACAAAAAUCAAAUGAAAAUAAUAACAAUAAUAAUAAUAAUAAUAAUGAUAAUAAAAAAAGAAAAUCUUUUAAUAAUAAUGGUGAAAAAAAUAAUAAUCCAGAAAGAAAACAAAAACAAAUCAAAAAACCAAAAAAAAUAAUUUAA